UAAUAAAUCAAAACGCAUAAAGAAAGCACGGCAUAAAGACUUGCAGAGUUCCCCAAUUUCGUACAUCCACGAUUCCCAACAGCUUUUCACUGUGUCUCGAAUUUAAAUGAGAUUUUAGUCAUAUGUUGCGUAAACCAAAGUAUCUGUCCCAGGGUCUUACAUCACCGAUUACUGCAAUACCUCGGGGUGCUACCAUUGAGCCCUACCGUCAAACCCCGGCAUAGUUUGCAAAGUGACAAUCAAAACAGAAUCAGACUUCACAAAUCCAAUAUUGGAAUCAUUGCUCACGAAGUGAACCCAAUUCCAUCUAUGACAUAGCGAUGAUCCCAGUUUGUUCCUCAAUUAGUCUUCAUUUAACUUAUUGUUUGUUUGUGUGGUCUUUCCGUUCUCUAUUAAUGGAUAGCUAUGAGGAGAAUGACAUGGUGACUAAUACAUUGGAAUCACAGUUAAGUUAUUGUCAUUGACUAGGUUUCUUUAGCUGACUUGAUGCCUUCUAUGCAACGGCGUUGACUCUCCAAAUCCCUUUAUAAACAAAGAAGAAUCUAUCUCCUAAAGAAACUCACCAUCCAUUGCUGUAGCAAGAAGCUCUUCCCGAAAUUGGUAAAAUGACUUCCACACCAAUAUCAGUUUAUUUUCUGAUACUUUUAUAUGUUUGCUUGAAUCCCCUAGCCAUGGCUGUAGAUGAAAACCAGUUCGUGUACAAUGGCUUUGAUGGAGCCCAUAUUCAGCUUGAUGGGGGUGCCAAAAUCCGUUCCAAUGGUCUUUUGCAGCUAACCAACAGUUCACAGUAUCAAAUUGGUCGUGCUUUCUACCAACUUCCGGUUAGAUUUCAUACAUCUUCGUCCACGUUAAACCAAGAUCUUUCAUUUUCCACCCAUUUUGUUUUUGCCAUUGUUCCUAAGAUAACAAAUCAUAGUUGUUGUGGGAUGGCCUUUGCGAUCACCCCAUCUACGGACUUCACCCAUGCCAUGGGAAACCAGUAUUUUGGGCUCCUCAAUAUUACUAACAAUGGGCUCCCUUCCAACCAUCUUUUGGCAAUUGAGCUUGAUACAGUUCCAGAACCUGACCUCAAUGAUAUAGAUGAUAACCAUGUUGGAAUUGAUAUUAACAGUUUAAUAUCAAAUGUAUCUGCUACCGUCACUUAUUACUCCAAUAGGGAACGAUUAAAUCGGAGCUUACAGCUUUUAAGUGGGAGUCCAAUGCACGUUUGGAUAGAGUAUGAUGGGUUUGAGAAUGUACUCAAUGUUACAAUAGCUCCUAUUAUGAGCCCAAAACCAGAUGUGUCUCUUCUGUCAACACACGUUAAUCUUUCUUCAAUUCUGUUAAAUUCCAUGUAUGUUGGUUUCUCUGCUUCAACGGGCUUCUAUGUGUCGAUAUUUUAUGCUCAUCAAACGGCAUUGACUACAGGGACCUUCUAUAUUCUUGGUUGGAGCUUCAAUAAAAGCGGGAAAGCACAAGGCCUCGAAAUUUCACAGCUUCCUUCACUUCCUCAUCGAAGAAAACCCGGUCUAGGAAUUACAGGUCUAGGAGUUAUAGUGUCAGUGACAAUAGUAGCCAUUGGGUUGGCUAUCACAAUGGGAGGGACAUUUUAUAUGUUGAGGAGGAAAAAGUACGAAGAAAUACGUGAAGAUUGGGAAAGGGAAUAUGGCCCUCAUAGGUUUUCCUAUAAGGAUCUCUUUAAAGCUACCAGAGGUUUCAUAGCUGAAGAACAUCUUGGAGCAGGAGGCUUUGGAAAGGUUUAUAGAGGAGUACUUCAAUCUUCGAAGGAACAAGUGGCAGUCAAGAAAGUCUCCCAUGAUUCAAAACAAGGGAUGAGGGAGUUUGUGGUCGAAAUCGCUAGCAUGGGAAGGCUUAGACACAGGAACUUGGUGCAUCUCCUUGGCUAUAGCCGGCGGAAGGGAGAGCUACUCUUGGUCUACGAUUAUAUGCCAAACGGAAGCCUUGACAAGUUCCUAUUUAGCAAUGAAAAGCCAAUCCUCGACUGGGCACAACGUUAUCGUAUCAUCAGAGGGGUAGCAUCCGCCCUUCUGUAUCUGCACGAAGAAUGGGACCAAGUUGUUCUUCACAGAGACGUGAAGGCUAGUAAUGUUCUAUUGGAUGCUGAUCUAAAUGGAAGGCUAGGGGAUUUUGGUCUUGCUAGAUUAUACGAUCAUGGAGCAAACCUCGAAACUUCCCGUGUGAUGGGGACAAUUGGGUACCUUGCACCAGAGCUUUCUAGAACCGGAAAGGCAACCACAAGCACUGAUGUGUUUUCUUUCGGUGUAUUCCUACUCGAAGUAGCUUGCGGAAGGAGACCCGCACAGCCACAACAGUCCCCUGACGAGGUUGUUUUGGUUGGUUGGGUAUUCAAGAAAUUCAAAGAGGGAGCAAUUCUCGAGACAAGUGAUCCUAGAUUGGGAGGAGAUUAUUUGCAGGAGGAAAUGGAGUUGGUUUUGGAACUAGGCCUGCUUUGCUCAAAGUCCAAUGCAGUGACAAGACCCAACAUGCGGCAAGUGAUUCAAUACCUUGAGGGAGAUGUCCUGUUGCCAGAGAUAAUUCAUGACAGCACAAGUAUUGGUACAAUAGGUCUUGGUAAUGAAGCAUUAUCUGAAUUUGUCAUGUCAUUUCCAUCAUCCAAUGUGAAGUCUUCUGCUCCCUCCAUAUCUAGCACAGAGUCGAUACUCACUACCGGUCGGUAAAUGUGAAAGUUUCCAAUGCCUUGGAUAAUGUUAGGUCAUGGUUUUUAUUUUUUUAUUUUUUUGUGGAGGAAAGGCAAGAAAUGUUUGUUUGUUAGUGGGAGUUAGAAGAGUUGAACCCAAGACUAGAUGAAUUUGGAACAAGCAUGCAACCCCUUGGUCUAGCUUGCAAGUUCGUUAGUUUGAAUGUGUUAAGACUUAAAAACAAGGAUAGCUGCUAUUGGGUGAAGGAGACAUAAGUAGUUCAAGUUUCGGUUAGGAAGAUAAUGGAAUAUUACUGAUAUUUGUAUAUACAGACGCAUAUGAAUGUUAAAUUCUGCAGCUUCUAUAGCUUUCUUUGAUUUUCAGGUAUUUUGCUAUAUCAUAUUUUCAUUUACUUGUGUGCAUGUCUUGACUUUGUUGCUCAAGUAUGCUCAUGUACUCUAGUCGAGAUUUAUUAAGAUCCUGAAGGAUCACGUUCAUAUACUGCAAUU